AUGGAGAUAAAUAGAGAGGAGGAGAGUGUUGAUUUCAAUAAAAUAAGUUAUAUUCUUCCAGACGACGAUGGAGAACGACGUCUUCUAACGGGUGGAGAACGACUUCUGGAGCCUCCACCACGACGUUUCGGUGGGGAUCCACCACGUCUUCUGACCACCGGACUUUUAGAUCUCGAUGGGGAUCGUCGCGACUUUGAGCCUGAUGGAGAGCGACGUCUUCUGACUGGAGGCGACUUUGAGCCUGAUGGAGAGCGACGUCUUCUUACAAUUGGAGGAGAUUUGGAUCCAGAAGGCGAUCGACGUCUUCUAGCUGGAGAUUUCGAGCGUGGCGAAGGACUUUUACUCUUGGAUUUCGAUCUCUUCGCGGCGGCAACCGAAGCUAUGGCCUUCCGACGAAGCUCCGCCUCCUCAUGUCGCUUUUUUCGCUCAAUUUCUCGACGACGUGUCUCCUCUUCACGCUCUUUUUCAUCACGGACAGGGCGGUUGCGAUCAUUCCGAUCGUUACGGUCGUUACGAUCUCUAUUGUCACGGUCACGUGGCGGUGGGGAACGUCUUCUAGGUGGGCUCCUUCUGGAAUCUCUACCAUCUCUAUCCCGUCUCGGUGGGGACCGCCCAACCCGUCUUGGUGGCGGCGACCGUCCGUCUCUUCUAGGUGGACUUCUCCUUCUCGGUGGAGACCCUCCACGUCUUCCUGGUGAUCUAGAUGGCGCCCCGCCAACUCUCUCGGGACUAGCAUUACGUCUAGGCGGUGUCUUUCUCGGGCUCAACGCUCUCGCCGGUAUCCGAUCGUCUCUGACCUGUUUCUCACGAGCGGGACCAGUGUACCGUCCGUUGCUCAAUGUCUUAUAG